AUGCAUCAAGCUCAAGACUGGUCUCAACUGUAUUUUUGUCGCCCUCCCCCGAAUGGAGAACUCAACAGGAUUCUCGAGCGCAAAUUUGAUCAAGAUGUAAAGGUCUAUAUCAUUGUCUACAAAGAAGUCACUCAAACCAUGUCCAAACUGACUAAGAUGUCUCUAGAAUCGGUCAGCGUACAAGUCGUUGCGACACCCAGAUAA